UCUCCUCUUGCUGUUUUUCUUCAAUCUUGUCAAUGGCCCUUCAUCCUGAAUCAACAAUCCCCUUCUCCUAAGCUCUUGUUUCGACCCUUGUUCUACAUCGUUUCUAUUCAAACACCCAAUUUGUUUUCUGAGAAAUUGGGAUUGUUUGGAAUAGAUUUUUGUUUUCUGUGUUGUUCUUGAGGGUUUGUAAUGGCGACAGGGCAAGUUUUACCGUUUUCGAUCGCUUCUGUGGUUGAAGAUCUUCUUCAACAGCAUGGAGUUCAUCUGCGUGAUAUCGAGUUGGCUUCGAAGAAGGCUGAAGAAGACUCCUUGAGAAGGUAUGAAGCGGCUGGGUGGCUAAGGAAAACUGUUGGAGUCGUUGGUGGUAAAGACUUGCCAGCUGAGCCUUCUGAAGAGGAAUUUAGGCUUGGAUUAAGAAGCGGAAUUAUUCUUUGCAAUGUUCUCAAUAAGGUUCAACCUGGAGCAGUGUCAAAGAUUGUUGAAGGCCCAUGUGAUUCUGUAAUUAUUCCUGAUGGGGCAGCCUUAUCUGCUUACCAAUACUUAGAAAAUGUGAGAAAUUUUCUGGUGGCCAUAGAAGAACUGGGGUUGCCAACUUUUGAAGCCUCUGAUCUAGAACAGGGAGGAAAAUCUACAAGGGUUGUGAACUCUGUUCUGGCACUCAAGUCAUACAGCACCUGGAAAAAAGGAGGCGGAUAUGGGGUGUGGAGAUUUGGCGGGACGGAUAAAUCACCAACAUCGAGUAUAGAUAUGGUGCCAAAAGAUUCAGAACCUGCCACGAAUUCUUUAACGAGAACCUCAUCAACUUGUGAUAGUUUUUGUCUUGAAUUGUCUUCAAGUGAUGAUCCUAGCAAUGAAACAGGAUCCUCCCGUCCUUUACAGUUGCUACUUUCUCAACUUCUUUCUAAUAAACAGCUUGACGAAAUCCCCAGUAUUGUGGAAUGUAUGAUUUGUAAAGUCAUGGGAGAGUUUGAGCAUCGAUUAACAACUCAUAACAUUAAGAUGAAAACAAGUCAAGAAGAUAUGGCAGAGUCUAUAUCUGAUAAGUAUCCUCCACAAAUCACUUCUGCUGAUGGAACGAUGGAAGAGGAAACGACUAGUUCUCCUGAAGAAAUAAGCAGUCCAGAAGCAACAAGUUGUACGGAAGAAAUAAGCAGUCUAGAGGCAACAAGUUGUCCUGAAGUAGAGAGUUGUCAUGAAACAGAAAGGUGUUCAGAGGCAGAAAGUUGUCUUGAAACAAAAUCCGAAAACCAGGAAUCUAAUGAUCAUCGUGAUGAGGAAUUAGAACGCAAAAUUUUGAGAAGACAGAUGCUGCUUGAACAGCAACAGAGAAACAUAGAGAUGUUGAAGAGUGUUCUUGGUGAAACCAAAGCAGGAAUGCAGAUUUUGCAAAUGAAGUACCAAGAGGAGUUCAAUAAUAUUGGUAAGCGCAUGCAUAGUGUGGCUUAUGCAGCUUCAGAAUACCGAAGGGUUGUUGAAGAAAAUCGGAAACUAUAUAACCAAGUUCAGGACCUGAAAGGAAAUAUCAGAGUAUAUUGUAGAGUUCGACCAUUCCUUGGUGGACACUCAAACCGACCCUCUAUUGUGGAUCGCAUUGAUCAAGGGAAUAUGAGCAUUAUGACACCAUCGAAAUACGGCAAGGAGGGAAGGAAAUCAUUCAGUUUUAACAAAGUAUUUGGGCCUUCUGCAACCCAAGGGGAAGUAUUUUCAGAUACUCAACCUCUGAUUCGAUCCGUGCUCGACGGUUAUAAUGUCUGCAUAUUUGCUUAUGGUCAAACUGGAUCAGGGAAAACUCACACCAUGUCAGGACCAGCAGAGCUCACUGAGGACACUGUAGGUGUAAACUACAGGGCCUUGAGUGAUUUGUUUGUUCUUUCACAACAAAGGAGACAGACCAUUUCCUAUGACAUAUCUGUUCAGAUGCUUGAGAUUUAUAAUGACCAAAUUAGAGAUCUUCUUGUCACGGAUUCCAGUAACAGAAGAUUGGAAGUUCGUAACAGCUCUCAAAAUGGGAUUAAUGUACCGGAUGCAUGCCUUGUACCUGUGUCAUCAACAGCAGAUGUUAUAAAUCUGAUGAAUCUGGGCCAAAAUAAUCGUGCAGUGAGCUCUACCGCCAUGAAUGAUCGGAGCAGUCGCUCUCACAGCUGCUUAACUGUUCAUGUUCAAGGAAGAGAUUUGGCAACCGGUGCGACACUUCGUGGGUGCAUGCAUCUUGUUGACUUGGCAGGAAGUGAAAGGGUUGAUAAGUCUGAGGUAAUAGGAGAUAGAUUGAAAGAGGCACAACAUAUCAACAAAUCUCUUUCUGCAUUAGGAGAUGUUAUUGCCUCUCUUGCUCAAAAGACUGCACAUGUCCCUUAUAGGAACAGUAAACUCACACAAUUGCUCCAAGAUUCACUUGGAGGUCAAGCAAAGACACUCAUGUUUAUUCAUAUAAGUCCAGAGCCUGAAGCUCUUGGAGAAACAUUGAGUACUUUAAAGUUCGCCGAAAGGGUUGCAACCGUUGAGCUCGGUGCUGCUCGGGUUAACAAAGAUAGCACUGAGUCUAAAGAGCUCAAGGAACAGAUAGCUAGCCGAAAGGUGGCCUUAGUGAAGAAGGACGGUGAAACGGAGCAAAAUUAUCGACCAAGCAGUCCAGAAAAAAGUAGGAUGAAAACUUUCUUGUCAUCCCCUUCACUUCCUAGCUGGAAAAGUGUUGUGGAGAUGUCUGUUAAUAGAACAAAUUCAUCGGAAGAUGUUCGUAAUCCUCCUGAGGUUCAAAACAAAUCGAACUCGAACGUCAAAAGAAGAAGCUUAGAUCCCCGAGACAUAUUGCCGAGUUCUCCAUGGCCACUUUUGGGCGCAACUCUUGUUAAUAGGAGGGAAGAAGAGAAAGAAUCUGUUUCAAGUGAUGGGGAGGACAAAGUUAUGGUAAACAAGAAUGAAAACAUUGGUAGUGAUGAAACUCUUACAGGAUGCUGGGAUGUAAACACGAAGUUGCCUGAGACAUUUGAUCAGAAAUUUCUUGUAAAUCCAUCGAAGGUGUACCCUGAAACCCUGCUCAACAAUCCUUCAGUGAACAAGAAGGAAACCCAAGAACCUGAUGUGCAGAGGAACCAGGUUGAGAUGGUCAGCACUGAUGAUUCUGAUGAUCAUGAUGCUGCAAAUAGUGAAACAUCAGAGCCAGAAAUUAUUUGGCAUUCAAGCCUUCCACUUCCAAGACCUUCAAGCAUUCCAAAUGGUUUGGGAUCAAAGACGAAGAAAACAGCUAUUCCUAAGCAAGCAAGGAGCCCAGAAAUCAGGAGCUUCAUUCCAUCAUUGAUUCCUUCGCCAUCACGAAAACCGCAAGCCGGAGUCGCCCAGCCCGUGCCCAAGACAAGCAAACCGGCGGCCGUUUCAGUUGAGGGGGGCAAGAGGAGGGGUGGCUAUACAAAAUGAGUAUUGGGGGAUGGAGAUUGUUCUUAAAUUGAUUCUUCCUCAUUUUUGCUUUCCCUCUCUUUGUAUUUAUUGUAUAUAGAAAGAGCGAGAGAAAGAGAAAAAGAGAAAGAGAAAGAGAUAUAUUGUCCGUUGAAUAGGCAAUAGCUCAAGUUGCCUAAGUUUCUUGCUUAAGUUUCUCUUUCUCUUCAUUCAUGUAUAAUAUUAAAAUUUAAAU